GGAGUUGGCAUCUCUCGGCGAGCUCGCGCAGCCUACCUCCGCUUCGGCCUCCGCUACGCUUCAACGCGCAUUCUUCUGGACGCGGUUCACAGCGAGCACCACCGAUCUCCGCGGAGCACCCUUUUCCCUCCUCCCCCUUCCCACCCCCCAACACCCCCGGCAUGUCCUUCCAGCAACUCCUCAAGCGCUCGCGCUUCGCCGUCCACGACCCAUUAGUGACGCGCGUGUACGCGAGCAACACGAGCAGCCAGCGGCACGGCGGCGACUUUGGCCUGAAGGCGCCUGUAAACCGCCCGCGGUUGUCGCGCUUCAUCCGUCUGGGCAAGUCGAUUUCGGGCUGGCGCUCGGGCGAAGAAGAGGCGCGCUUCAUGGCGCAGUGGGCGGACGGGCGCAUCCCGUGGGCCUCCAAAGCCGACCGGCGCCUGAAGCCUGCCUCCGUGUUCUCGCCGUACGCCGAAGACGAGCCGGCGCCGGAGGCCGUGACGCACGUCCUCCCGAACGUGGAUGCGAUGACCGAGCCCGAGUUCGCCGCAUACCUCGACAGCGUGCGUGCGCGUCGCGCGUCCCUGCGCGCGGCCGUGUUCGCGGAAACCGACGUGCCGGCGGACGAGGCGACGCUGGCGCACGCCGCCGCGCGCGGCAUCGCGCGCGACUCGGCCAGCGCCGACUUCCAAGUCGACGAGACGCAGCGCGACCUCGCCGCGCCGCACAGCAGCACCAUCCAGCCCCGCCCGCACCGCCUGCACGGGCUGCAGUACUCGUCUGCGCCGGCCGCCGGCGCGGCGCUGCACGGCCGCGCGCUCCCCGGCCGCGCACUCGACCGCGUGCGUGCCGGCGGCCGCUUCCGCGCCCUCGAGGGCACGAAUGCCGAGUGGGUCGUCGGCCUCGGCGGCCUCACGGCGACGGGCAGCAGCGGCGUCUCGCGCGUCACGGACAAGGCGAGCCUCUCGCAGUUCGAUUACUCGCGCGAGCGGCCCGAGCGCGGCGUCGCAAAGUUCGCCGUCACGGAAGCGACGGUCGAGGCGCCGCCCAAGGUCCUCGCCCUCGGCGUCGCGGGCAAGCGCUGGCUUGAAGCCCCGCACUUUUCGAGCGCACGCCGCCCCGCUCCCCUCCAGACGUUCCGGUUCGACUUGCGCGUCAGCGAGGACGAGGGCGCAGCCGACGCCGCGGGCGAGCGCAUCGUCCCCGGCUCCGCGGCGUGGGUCGCGCGCGAGCCGUCCCGCGGCCUCACGGAGACCGAGGGGGCUAUGGGCGUCCUCGGAGGUCCGCGGGCUGCGCGCCCCUCGCUCGCCCAGCGCCGUAACUCGACUCGUGCGCAGAGCGACACCAUCGACUCGCUCCUCGCGCGCAUUGCUGGCUCCGCCGGCGGGAGGUAGUAGCAUUAUGCAUUGAUCCGCUCUAGAUAGCAGCGUCGAGCUGGACAGCAGCGUUAGGGGCGAAUGUAGUUGAGGGAGGGCAGAGACGGACUAGAUGAAAAGUAGUGGGGCACCCACCUCCGCCCAAUCCCACAUCUAGGUAUCAGUCGCAUGAUAUGGUAUAGUCUACGUCCUAUGCGUCCGAUGCUGCGUGCCCUCUACCGGGCAGAGAUUAAGAAUUACUACUCGCCAAGCACGCGCGUCUCGCCCCACGUGACAUUGCGCGCAUUUCGCUUAUCCUUGCCCUCGACGCGCUCCUCCUCGUCGC